CCCAGGAGAGCCUCAGGAUGGCGGCUCAGCGGAUCCGGGCCGCCAACUCCAGCGGCCUCCCCCGCUGCAAGUCCGAGGGGACCCUGAUCGACCUGAGCGAGGGCUUUUCCGAAUCGAGCUUCAACGAUGUCAAAGUGCCUUCUCCCAGUGCCUUGCUCGGGGACAAUCCCACGCAUUUCGGAAACGCGAAGGAAGUGAUCGCCAUCAAGGACUACCGCCCCAACAACUUCACCACCCUGAAGUUCUCCAAGGGCGACCACCUCUAUGUGCUGGACACGUCGGGCGGGGACUGGUGGUAUGCCCACAACACCACGGAGAUGGGCUACAUCCCCUCCUCCUACGUGCAGCCCCUCCACUACCGGAACUCCACGCUGAGCGACAGCGGGAUGAUCGACAACCUUCCCGACAGCCCGGACGAGGCGGCCAAGGAGCUGGACUUGCUCGGAGGAUGGACGGAUGACGGGAAGGGACCGGCCAGAACCUACAGUAAUAACCCCUUCUGGAACGGCGUCCGGACGAACCCGUUUCUGAACGGGAGCGUGCCGGGGGGGGUGCCCGGCGCAGACGAGCCGGCUCCCAAGAGCACCGUGGACUUGCUGCUGUUUGACACGGGCACGAGUCCCUUCCCCGAGUCCAGCUCGGCCACCACGAACGGCACCGGCAACAUCUUCGACGGGCUGCCGGCUGCAAGUCAGCUGCCCGCCGAGGCGCCGGGCAGGCGGGACAACCCGUUCUUCCGGAGCAAGCGCUCCUACAGCCUGUCGGAGCUCUCCGUCCUUCAGUCCAAGUCCGACGCGCCCGCCUCGUCGGGGUUCUUCACGGGCUUGAAGUCCCCGGCCCCCGAGCAGUUCCAGAGCCGGGAGGACUUCCGCGCCGCCUGGCUGAGCCACCGGAAGCUGGCCCGGUCCUGCCACGACCUGGACUUGCUGGGCCAGAGCCCCGGGUGGGGCCAGACCCAGGCGGUGGAGACGAACAUCGUGUGCAAGCUGGACAGCUCGGGGGGCUCCGUGCAGCUCCCCGACACCGGCAUCAGCAUCCACGUGCCCGAGGGCCACGUGGCCCCGGGGGAGACCCAGCAGAUCUCCAUGAAGGCGCUGCUGGAUCCGCCCCUGGAACUCAACAGCGACAGGUGCUGCAGCGUCAGCCCCGUGCUGGAGGUGAAGCUGAGCCACCUGGAGGUGAAAACCGUCAUCGUGUUGGAGAUGAAGGUUUCCGCCGAGGUGAAAAAUGACAUUUUCAGCAAAAGCACAGUGGGCCUGCAGUGCCUGAGGAGCGACGUCAAGGAAGGGCCGUACGUCCCCAUUCCGCUGACCUACAGCUACGGGGACACGGUCCAGGUGCACCUGGACAACCUGGAGCCCUGUAUGUACCUGGCCAUUGUUGCCCACGGGCCCAACAUCCUCUACCCUUCCACCGUGUGGGACUUCAUCAACAAAAAGGUCACAGUGGGUCUCUAUGGCCCCAAACACAUCCAUCCGUCCUUCAAGACGGUGGUGACCAUUUUUGGGCAUGACUGUGCCCCCAAGACCCUCCUGGUCACCGAGGUCACCCGCCAGGCACCCAGCCCUGCGCCCGUGGCCCUGCAGCUCUGGGGCAAGCACCAGUUCGUCCUGCCCAGGCCCCAGGACCUCCAGGUCUGCAUGUUCUCCAACAUGACGCACUACGAGGUCCGCGCGAGCGAGCCGGCCAAGGUCGUGAGGGGCUUCCAGAUGAAGCUGGGCAAGGUGAGCCGCCUGAUCUUCCCCAUCGCCUGCCAGGGCCCCGGCGAGCUCUCCGACUUCACCCUGCGCGUCCAGGUGAAGGACGACCAGGCGGCCAUCCUCACCCAGUUCUGCGUCCAGACUCCCCAGCCGCCCCCCAAAAGCGCCAUCAAGCCGUCCGGGCAGAGGCGCUUUCUCAAGAAGAACGAAGUUGGGAAAAUCAUUCUGUCGCCGUUCGCGGCCACCACGAAGUACCCCACUUUCCAGGACCGCCCCGUGUCCAGCCUCAAGUUCGGCAAGUUGCUGAAGACCGUGGUCCGGCAGAGCAAGAACCACUACCUGCUGGAGUACAAGAAGGGGGAGGCCAUCGCCCUGCUCAGCGAGGAGAAGAUCCGCCUGAAGGGGCAGCUGUGGACCAAGGAGUGGUACAUCGGCUACCACCAGGGCCAGGUGGGCCUGGUGCACGCCAAGAACGUGCUGGUGGUGGGCAGGGCCCGGCCCAGCCUGCCGUGCGGGCCCGAGCUGAGCACGGCCGUGCUGCUGGAGCAGAUGCUGCGGCCCUGCAAGUUCCUCACCUACAUCUACGCCUCGGUCCGCACGCUGCUCAUGGAGAACGUCAGCAGCUGGCGCUCCUUCGCCGACGCCCUGGGCUACGGGAACCUGCCGCUCGCCUCCUUCUGCCGCGCGGAGCCCGACAGCGAGCCCGAGCGGGUGGCAUCCGUCCUGGAGAAGCUGAAGGAGGACUGUAACAACGCCGAGAACAAGGACCGCAAGUCCUUCCAGAAGGAGCUCAUGAUGGCCUUGCUGAAGAUGGACUGCCAGGGCCUGGUGGUCAGGCUCAUCCAGGACUUUGUGCUCCUGACCACGGCCGUCGAGGUGGCGCAGCGCUGGAGGGAGCUGGCUGAGAAGCUCGCCAAGGUGUCCAAGCAGCAGAUGGACGCGUACGAGUCUCCCCACCGGGACAGGAAUGGGGUCGUGGACAGCGAGGCCAUGUGGAAACCCGCCUAUGACUUUUUACUGACCUGGAGCCACCAGAUCGGGGACAGCUACCGGGAUGUCAUCCAGGAGCUGCACACGGGCCUGGACCGGAUGAAGAACCCUAUCACCAAGCGCUGGAAGCACCUCACUGGCACCCUCAUCCUUGUGAACACCCUGGACAUCCUGCGAGCUGCUGCCUUCAGUCCUGCUGACCAGGACGACUUUGUGAUUUGAACUGGUCCCCCCCGGUCUGCUCUGCCCUGGGGCCUGUGCCCCCCUCUGCCCCGGAUGCAGUGACGUGUUGCUGGGAAGGGAGGAAGGGAGGGCUGGCUGCUCAGACGAUCAGGGUGGCUCCGGGCUGGCCCCGUGCCCCAGGACCAAGCAAGCACACGCAGCACUCCACCCGCUGCCUCCGCCACGGGGCAGGGGGCGCCUGAAGGGAAUUUCUACUGCAGGUCAUUGCCAAUCAGAUAGCUUUCUAUUUGUUAAGUAUAAAUUUAAAUUUAAAAUCACUUUUUUUAAAGUAUGGGGAGGAGGGGACAUACAAGAAAGGUGGUAUCUAAUUUUUUUAAGGGAUCAUCAAGGUUAAAAAAAAAAACACCUAAUGGGGCAGAUGCUGUUGAGGUUUUUAUGUUCUCUAAAGAUCUUUUUAAAUUAUGUUACAGAUGUAUAUAUGUAUUUAAAAGUUAUCCGGGGCAUUUCAUAUCCCCAGACACUCACAUUUCAACAAGAAGCACGGGAAGAUGCUUGUUCGAGUGUUGGACCUUCUUUCACUCUGUACCUGUAAAAACGUAAAUCGAAUAGGAACCGUGGUUUUUUGGUAGAUGAGUGUAGUAGCUCAAGCCCAUUCUUUCUGAGAACGUCCUGGGUCAUGUUCUCUCCUCUUUUGUUAUCUUCUGUACCGUUGCCUCCUGGUGCAGUAAGUGACCAGCCACAGCGCAUGUGGACUGUUUCGUGGGCAAAGUUAAGUCCGACAUGCGUGACUGGUGCCCUUGAGAUGAGGAAGCAGCUGGGAGCUGGCGUUCUUUGUGGCCCCUGCUCGUUCGAAAGAGCAACCCCGGCUGCAAGUGAGCUGGUCCCUGCAGAACUCCCCCUCCCUAUGGUCACGAAGGAAACUUUGCCACAAGGACGCCCUCUGCAAGGUGCCUGCUGCCAUUUGCCAAACUCUCGCUUCAUUUCACCCAACAUGUAACCCCUCUCCCUUCCUGGUAUGCCCAUGUCGCCUCGGAAAUGAAAGGAACAGUAUGGGGAGACGGUUUUUAUUUACAAUAUAGAGAUUAUCUGAGCAGGAUGAGCAUUCUCAGAAAAUGAAAUAGUUCCCACAUAAUGUCUGGGACCUGGCAGAAUGUGGCGUUGGUAACCUUUACGGUUGCAGGCCGACUUUCCAGGUUGAAUUCUGUGACGGCGGUGUAGUCGAGGCAGCUCAGAGGGAGCAGGGGCACGACUGAAGUCCCCGGGAAUGUACUCGUAGGAAGUCACGUGGGCCACUUGGAUCCUGAUCUCAUUCUUUAAAUCUGCUUUCUUAAAACACAUUAAUUACUUACUAUAAUCAAUGUCUAUUCCCUUAUGGGGCUGAAACAUUCUUACGUAUCUACUGAUUCAGAUACUGAAGAUCAACUGGCUAGAAAAAACAAUGAUACCAAAAACUAAAAACACUACAUAUUUUAUGCUGCAAGAAGAACCAAGACACACAGUUCCCCAAUCAUCACACGUGACACCCUUAAAUUCUACUUUUCAGCUCUCCCCCUUUGUUCUUCCACUGACCCUCUCUCCCCUUUUCCCCAAAGACGAAACAAAACCAGUUGCACCUUAAACCAUGGAUAUUUUUCCUCAGGGGCUUAAAAUAGUGUCCUAUGCAACAUAUCUUGUAGCACAAAUUAAAUUCUACAGAAGUUGCAGUAAAUUUUGUUUGGAUAUUUUGACCUCUUAA